GCUGGCAACGUGUCACAUCCGUCAUAGUGGUUUUCUACAAUUCAAAAAACGUUAUCUGCAGUAGCUAUGUGGGUAUUUGCAUGGAUGAGAGAUUCUCCACCAUGACUGACGAUUCUAUCAGUAAAUCAAAUGUCUCUGAAAGGCGCGUAAACAGAUGAAUCUGUCCAGACUUUUUCUUGGUUCAGUAUUCUGCGCAUUUUUCGUGGUGUCGUAUUUCGUAAAUAAGUAUGUUCUGUCUGUUUUGAAAUUCACGUAUCCGACCUUGUUUCAGGGGUGGCAGACCUUCAUUGGGGCUCUACUGCUGUUGGUUUCUGGGAAACUAGGAUGGCUGGAAAUCAGCAGUUUCCCCAGGGCUGCAGCUCUGGCGUGGCUCCCCGGGUCAGUGAUGUUUGUGGGGAACAUCUAUGCCGGUUCCAGAGCCCUCUCUCGCCUGCCCAUUCCAUUCUUCUUCACACUCCACAACGCCUCCGAGGUCAUCUCACUCCUUAUUCAGAAAGUGACUCACAGAGAGCGAAUGUCAUGGAUGAAGAUUUUCAGUGUGAAUCUAUUGCUUGCAUCAGCAAUCAACCUCCCAAUCCACGAUCCACAGUUUGAUGCAGGUGGAUAUAUUUGGGCUUUAGUUCACAUAUUAUGUGUUGGGGGUUACCGAGUGUUCCAGAAAAAGGCCAGCCAUCUAAGUGACCUGGAACAACAGUAUAUCAACUAUGUGUUCAGUGUUUUGCUGUUGGCCUUUGCUGCACAUCCUACUGGUGACCUCUUUGCUGCACUGGACUUCCCCUUCCUCAUGUCCUAUCAGUUCCACAGUGGGUGCUGUGCAAGUGCCUUGCUUGGCUUCUUCCUCCUGCUGGCUACAGUCAAACUGAGGAGUGCCUUACCACUGGAGCACUGUGGAGCCUGGGUCUUCCUAGCCAAGGUGUUGACAUCAGGGCUUUCUCCUCUAGUGUUUAAAUUUGAGGUUAACCCAGAAACCCUCUGUUGCAUCCUGUGCAGUCUUGGUGGUGAGGCCUUGUCUGUGUACGCUGAGAAAGCCUGACUGUCCAUUGGAGAUUUCUAAUGUGCUUCACCUUGGUACAUGGAACCAAACAGAUGACCAUCACACCAUCUGCUAUGCCGUCCGUUUACAGGCCAGUCUUAGAGUAUGUACUUUUGGUAGUUUAAUUUCAAAAUGUGUCCUGCCCAUUCACAAAUGUGAUCUUUUUAUGAAUAUUUAUUAAGCAAUAAACUAACAUGCAGAAGUGUCACCAAAGUGCAAAACGGUUUGCAACCAAAUGCAGUAUGUCUAUUACUGAGAAUUCAAAAUGGUGGACACGGAGAAGAUCCAUCUUCUUAUGUAUGAAAGGGACAUAUUUCCAGGUUACAGUAUAAUGAAAACUUAGAAACAUUGAUGGUGAUGCUAAAUAUAAUAUACACGAACAGCGUAACAUUUGUGAAUGGGCAACAUACGUUCUGGAAAAGAAAACACUGAAAACAUACUCUACCUUUUAGUCAAAUGCUGCACUUUAAGAGAUUCUUCUAUUUAUCUGCUAAGGAAUACUGAAUGCUUUGAUAUGGUCCAUAUUUACAUGUACCUAGUGUACAUUUAACAAAGUAUACUUAGUAAUUGUAAAAUGUUCACGUCUUAAGUCCUUUGUUUUCAAGCUGAGCUACAGAUCAUUUCAGAAAUCACCUUGUCUACAGUAGGUGAUUAUUGUGUUUGUAAAAAUACCUGGUUAUUGUCAGCUUUGCUACCUUUUAUAUCUGUUUACAUAUUGUAGGUGUCUUAAUACUCUGAACCUUAGGCGUAGCCAUGCACUUAUUUGUAGCUCUUGCACAGACUCUUUCUCUCUGAACAAAAUUAUUAAGCUGUAGUUCGAAGAUGCUGCAGUAUGCUGUAGUUUGCAGAAUGAGAAUGCAGAAUGAGCGCGAGAUAAGUAGUCGCACCAUCAAACACAACCACCACAGCAAAAUAUUUUUAUAAAUAUAAAUUGACUGAGAUAUAGAUAU